AUGCUACUGGUGGUUUGUCUUCGCCUUCAUCCGGGACCAAAUGCACUUCAGCCUCCAAUUCCGUCCAACCGGUUUGUGUACCCGAUGUGCGGUCUGNCUGCCUGGUCCAAGAUUUUCCUGCUUCCCGAACGUCAGACGGUAGUCGACGCUUUGAUGCGUGCCGUUCGGCGUCUUGUUGUGAGUAGUUUAUAUCAACUAUUAGUUACACAUCCACCGGAUGGACUGGGUGAAGCGUCUUCAUUUAUGUCACCAGUCAGUUCUGCCGGCACAGGAUCCGCAACAAGUACCGCUUUAUCCAGUGACUCUAUCACACUUCAGGGAACUCAGCAGCGGAUUAUCAACCUGUUCAUUAUUCUUUAUGAAUGUCCGUUCGCCACCGAUCCGCUACAUUUCGAGCAUCUUCUACUGAAUAUCAAUCGUGCAGCCACUUGGCUCCCAGAGAUAUUGCAAGCACAAUUGUGCCGCGCCUGGGCAGAAAGUGUACGAUUACCGCUGGCCAAUUCAACGGUGCCUCCAGCUCCGGAACAAACCAAUUUGUGGUCGUUGCAACGAAUACUCUUGCAUCAUAUCACUUUACGAUGUCUAACCACUGACUACAGUGCACCUAAUGAGGACAAACAGAUUUGUGAAGCCGCGCUUGUAUUGCGCAUGGUUUACUAUGCUAGCCUCCUAGCUGGUCAAAUGGAUUCGCCCGAACUAUUAGCCCAAGAAGAGUUGGAAAACCGCGAGUUUCAAUCUCAGUUGCAGUCGAUUCGAAACAAUCAUCGAACCAGACGUCCUCGUGUUCCACUUCCAGAAGAUGCUUUAGCCAAAGCCCUACGUCUUUCGCCAAACGACUGUCGCAAACCGUUUAUUCCAGCCAAAGAUUUCGUUAACGAGACACUUAACGAAGGCCUUAAGCCCAAGCAAGAUUAUGUGAACUAUCGCUCCAAAGAUCCGUUCGGUGAAUUGAGUUUCAUGAAGCUCCCGUUCCUUUUGGAAACAUCCUCCAAAUCCACACUUUUAUACUACGAUAAUCGAAUGCGCAUGUUGGACGAACGACGUGACGUGGUUCUCCAAUCGUUCUUAGUAGGCAUUCCUGAGCUGCCGUUCCUCAAGCUACACAUUUCACGUGAUCGAAUUGUCGAGGAUGCACUGCUUGGGGUAUGUUUCAAAUAUUGUAUGCAUGUUUCCAUUGAUAACUGUAUAUUGUAUAUAUAUAUAUAUAUAUAUAUAUAUAUAUUCAAAUCAAAUCGGUCUAAGCUUUAUAUACCAUCACGACGAGACUACACCUUGACGUGGUGUAAUGGUUUGUGCACCUCUAUGACCCAACGAGCUACACAGGAUGGCUUUUGUCAAGCCUCAGAUCUAAUCCUGCCUGAAAGGUCAAAGGGUAGAGGUCGAACGAAGUUCAGCCUCCUGGUCCUCCAGGUUGGGGAUUCGCCUGGAAUUUGA